UUGUGUUCAUUAAAAGUGUUGAAAUCGACGGAAAGGUUCAGGUGUUUAUGUAGAAUGAGAACGAGAACUGCAGAACCAGAGGAACGCUUUAACCGGCCAAAACGGAACAAUGAUCUCCAAAACUAUGACACUGUUUUGUGCUGCUUUCAGCCUCGAUCAAAAACCGUCUGUUCUGGUUUGCUGUGAGACAUCUAGCGUGUUAUUUUGGUCUUGUGCUCAGAAUAAUGAGUUUAUAGCCUGACUGCGGCCUUCUUUAUUCUCCUCAGAGUUAACGGAAACAGGACACACAAACUUGCGUUUGCGAGAAAAAAGUCCUAGUUAUGAGAUAAAAUAGGUAAAUGUGAUGAAGUGUGUACGUUUAAUAUUAAAUACUAUAAGCUGUGUUUGUAUUUUAUGUAGUUUGUUUAAAUCAAAUGUAUGCUUUAUCCUCCACGGGGUAAAUAUUUGAUCUGUUGCUGUAGUUCAAAUGUAAGACAUUUUUUAUAAACUCAAGUCUUCCAGUCAGUGACUUUUAAUAAAACUUACAAUUUAAUAAAAUUUACAAAUUGUUUAGAUAAAACCAGAUCAAACACAGCAUUUAUACCCUUGUAACAAAUCUUUUUGGUUCCCAUAACGUUGUUUUUAUGGGUAGAUUUUGGCCAGGAAAGUUUUCUUUCUUGUCUCUAGAAUGUUAGAAAAAUGUGUUCAUAAACAAAAUAAAACACACCGUGUCAGAUCCCUCCGAAAUCAUGUUUAAUAAUCUCAUAUGAACUAUGAUUCUCAGUGUAAUAAAUAAAAACAAAAUGAGAUUUAUGGAUGCUGAAGAGGUUUAAGAAGCUCUAAAUAAGUAUCAUAUUUAUGUUUUGUACUAAUGUUACUUCUUAAAAUUUCUCUUGUAUAUUGUUCGUUACUGUGCCGCUAUUUAUUAUUAUGAUAUUGAAGUAAAUGCAGUCAUCCAUCAUUGUUCUCGCUAAAAAAUCUCCUCAUAAACCAAUCCACCACAAACGUCUAAAUUCAGAUCAUUUUGGUUUGACUUCUGCGUAAAGACUUUUAAUUUCUCCAUUAAUGAGAUGGUCUAGUUUUGUGGGGCUCCGCUGGAGAGGAAAUCCUCGACUCGUUUUUGAGAUGCGUUUCACUUGGUCGGGUGGACGAGAACGAGUCUGCCUGAUACGUACACUUCAGUCAGUGCCAUAGACCACAACACUGCUGCGCUUCAUCUACCUCCUAGUGAACGAGACUUAAAUACACUCAGCUUGUCAUCAACGGGAAGCAAGUAGCGAUGAUAUGAAAACAAAGCUUCAACCAAUUCAUUUACCAAAUGUUUCGAGAUGCUCAUGUAGAAAUGCAUUAUUGUUUUGGGCAUGCAGUGUUUUAUGUCUAUUGUUGUAACAAUUCCUGCAUUUUUGUUUCUGUCAUUUCUAGCGCUAGCUUUGAGUGAGUUCAGGCCAUUUGUGACCCUUAACUCUGACUUGAGAGAUUUAAUGUAAUUCGUUUUUAUUUCCUUUGAGCACAGGAGUCUUCCCGGUGAAGAGAGAUGGCUCUUAUCAAACAGGAGAGUGAAGACCUGAGGAUCGUAGAAGUAUUCAGCCUGAAACAUGAAGAGACUGAGGAACAAACGGUAGCACACACGUGUCUUAUGUUCGACGGGGCCUCAGUCUGUUGACAGUCGCUAUGGAGACGGGUGAUCCCGAGCUCAACGUCGUGUGUUGUCAUCUUCAGAUUACGGCACUGGAUGUUUGGGAGAAGCUGCACUCAUUAGACUACAUGCUUCAAUGGCUGUCUUCAAUGCAGCGGUGUGUGUGCUUUGAUCCAGUCCUGUCUAGACAUAUUUUGGGAUUUUAAGGUGUCGUCUAUCUCUAAUGUGUCCGGGAAUGCUGUUAAAUGUUUUCACAAGUCUUUGAAAUGCUAAUUUUGCAUGGCCUCCAAUGAUGAAAUAUAGACUUGCAUGUCUCCAGAAAUCACUGCAGCUUGUGACAAUUUUUCAGUUAAGAACUUCUCGCCAUUUCUUUCAAAGAUGAACGUUUUUCUUCAUUACAUCUUUCUUCAGUUAAUUGCAUGUCUUGACUUGAGCUCCUAACUGUAAACUUCAGUAGCGAUGGGGUUGAAACUUUUCACAAGUACUAUUGCACAUUGAUGGGUUCUCUUAAAGGAAGGGUUGACCUUAAAAUAAAGUUUGUAACCAGGAUUAUUUUUCUUUUUUCACUUUAGACCUGAUGACAAUAAAAAAAGAGCGUCAAGAAGCGAAAGAAAUAGAAGAGAAAUAUCAAUAUAAGAGGCGUGAUUUCUUGGCUGUAGAAAAAUCCAUACCGACUGAAAGAAAUUCCGUUCAGAAGACCAAACCUCCCAGUUACUUAACUUGUCACGAAUGUGGAAAGUGUUUCACAAUAAAAGGAAACCUUAAUGAACACAUGAAAACUCACAUUAGAGAGACGCCAUUCCCGUGUCUAUACUGUGGGAAGACUUUCAAACUAAAAGGAAGCCUGGAUGAACACGUGACCAUUCACACUAGAGGGAAGCCAUUCGCUUGUGAUCAUUGUGGAAAAAGUUUCAGUAAAAAAGGAAACCUUAAUAAACAUGUGACCAUUCACACCGGAGUGAAGCCGUUCACUUGUGAUCAGUGUGGAAAGAGUUUCAGAUAUAAAGAGACACUUAAUUCCCACACGAAACUUCACACUGGAGAGAAGCUGUUCACGUGCCAACAUUGUGGAAAGAGUUUCACGCUAAAAGGAAACCUUAAUGAACACAUGAAGAUUCACUCCGGAGUGAAGCCGUUCUCCUGCCAACACUGUGGAGUGAGCUUCGCUAAAAAAGGAAACCUUAAAGAACACCUGAAGAUUCACUCUGGAGUGAAGCCGUUCAUCUGCCUGCACUGUGGGAAGAGUUUCAUUAAAAAAGGCACCCUUAAUCAACACCUUACCAUUCAUUCAGAGAAGCCGUUCACUUGUGAUCAGUGUGGAAAGAUUUACAAAUAUGAAGAAAGCCUCAAGUCCCACAUGAAGAGUGAACACUCAGGAGAGAGUGGUUUUCAUCAGUGUGAUCGGUGUGGAGAGAGCUUCAGCUGUAAAGUAAGCCUCUACACUCAUGUGAGACUUCAUACUACAGAGAAGGCUUUCACCUGCCAGCUGUGUGGAGAUAGCUUCUUACAAAACGGAAAUCUGAAGUCCCACAUGAGGAUUCACACCGGAGAGAAACGAUCGGUGUGGAAAGAGUUUCAGACGUGACCCUUGAUUCACACGGGAAGAGGAAAUGGAUCAUAAAUAGACUUUGAACAGAUUAAAUGUUGUUAAUACCAAGCAAAUGUAAAGAAGUGACAUGACUGGGGAUGUCUUUUUGUUAGUUUUAAUGGCAACAAAAAAUACACAUUUCUGUGAAAUGAAGGGGACUUUCACACUGAAGUUGAAUGAACUUCGGGUCCCACUUUAUAUUAGGUGACCUUAACUAUUUUAUGUAUUUACCUUUAAUUUAAUCAUUUGGUACAAUGCACUUAUUGUGUACAUGUUUUUACAUUGUGCUUGUAUUUUCAAAAAUAUCUAUAUGUAAUUAUAUCUUUAUAA